AAAGAUAACAAAAUAAUUCUAAUAUUCUAAAAUUCUAAUAAUAUUGUGUCCCUUUUAUUUUUACAUUAUAUUAUUAUUUUAUUAUUAUCAUUAUUAAUGUAAAGCAAAUAUUCAAUGUCUCAGUCAACAUAUAAUUUUUUUCUUUAAUGUACGUUGACAGACAGUAAAUGGGUGGACCUUGGGCUCCUGGGAAAACGUAUUUUUUCUUCUGUUAUUUCUAAUAAAAAAAAAAGUCACAAUUCACAAAGCGGAAGUCAUUUCCUAGACUCACUUCAGGGCAUAAAUCGUUCAUUCAGACUGACGUGUCUGUAAAGCUUUUACUUUGAAAGGCUCGGCCGGAACUACGUGGGCUGCAGCUCCACCUCGCUGGAUCCCCCUCAGGUUUGGGCGGACGGGGGUGAAACCUUCAGCUCGGGUCAGUCAUGAAGCGUCUGCCACAGCAGCCCGCCGCGGGCGCGCGGCACUAACAGACGGCGGAGCGGGUGGGUCUUCCGCCGGGGCUCCUCCAGCUACCGGGAUGGUCGUGGUCAGGACCGGGACCCGGAUCGAUGCUUCUCAGCGGAUGAAGUCGGCGGUUUAACGGAGACUCAGAAUGAGGAGAACGAGGGUAACCCGCGCGCUCUUCGCCUUGUGUCUGGGAUGUUUCGUCAUGAUCAUCUAUUACUUCAACAGCAGCCUGAAGCCAGGGCCUGAGUCGCAGGCGGACAGGAGCAGCGGGCAGAAAUCGAGGAGGAGUCCUCUGCAGACGCUGUACGAAGGUGACCAGGUUGAGUCGGCGGUGCAGGCCAUCCAUCAAGGUCGAAGGGAACUUCUGGAGGAAGCGUGCCGCGCCUAUACCCGUAAACGCAGAGUCCUCAUCCCUGAAGACCUCAAACACAUCAUUGUGGAUGACCAGCACGGCUUGCUGUACUGCUACGUGCCCAAAGUGGCCUGUACCAACUGGAAGCGGGUUCUCAUGGUUCUGACUGGGGCCUCGGGGGCCCAAAAAGACCCGCUUGCCAUCCCCGCCAACGAAGCCCACGUCGCCGGAAACCUCCGCACGCUGUCCGAGUACUCCACCUCCCAGAUCAACCAGCGGCUGCGCUCGUACCUGAAGUUCAUCUUCGUGCGUGAGCCCUUCGAGCGGCUGGUGUCCGCAUACCGCAACAAGUUCACCCGCAGCUACAACACAGCUUUCCACAAACGCUACGGCACCAAGAUAGUCAGGCGGCACAGGCUGGACCCGGAGCCAGAAGCUCUGGAGAAGGGAAACGACGUCUCCUUCGAGGAGUUUGUGUAUUACCUGGUGGACCCGGCCACCCAGCGAGAAGAGCCGUUCAACGAGCACUGGGAGCGCGUGCACUCGCUGUGCCACCCCUGCCUCAUCCACUACGACGUGGUGGGGAAAUACGAGACGCUGGAGCAGGACUCCCGCUACGUGCUGCAGGUGGCGGGGGUGGAGGAUCAGGUCAGCUUCCCCGCCUCGUCCAAAAGCACCCGGACUACAGGAGACAUGGCGGCUCAGUUCUUCCACAAUAUCAGCCCUUUUUACCAAAAGAGGCUGUACAACCUCUAUCGCAUGGACUUCCUGCUCUUCAACUACUCUAUGCCAACAUAUCUCAAGUUCAGAUGAGGCCGGAGACUCAAACAAGGACUGAUCGAAGGUUUAGUGUUUCAGUAGGCUUGAUUGCAAACACAAGAAAUAUUGACUUCAUAGGAAAAAAACAAAAGUUGGUCACUGGUUGUGAAUGUGUGAAACGAUGUCCAGUCGCGCUUUUCAACUCUUUCAGUUGUUUUCUGCUGUUUCCAAAGUUAAUUUGCACAACAAGUGUUGUCUUGGCAACCUGCAGUAUAGCCUGAUGGGCAAAGUUUGUCAUAUCAUAUUUAGACAGCGAAUGUCUCCAAACAUGUGUGCCUUGGAUUGGGAGCCUUAAGUCGAAUUUAUGGUUCUGCGUCGACGUCGAAGACGCCGUUUGACACCAUUAUACUACAUCAGUGCAGGAAUAUGGUUGUAAAAUGGGCAGAUAAAAGCAAGAAAACAAAGAAAACAUCUAAACAACUAACAAUAACUAUCUUUUAGCGAGCCAAUGUCCCAGAAUGCAGUUCAAAUAACAGCUAAACACUAGGAAAAAUACUGUUUUUAGAAGUAAAUCCAGUGUGAGGUUUUGGGGAUAAAUCUUACAUUAUCAAUGAUGACAUUUUAAGUUUGUGCAUUAAAAUAAAUAAGUUAUAGCUAAUGUCUACAUUUACAAAUCCCCUCCAUCCAUCUGUGUUUCUAUGCACAUAGAUGAUAACUAUGCUAUACUAUCAACCAAUCAGACGACGUCUUCUAUAAGCAGGGAGAAGCAUCACUUUGAAACACUUUUUACAGAUAUCUAAAUUAGUACAAAACCCAAUUGUUUUGCAAGUGUAAAAGUUAAAUUAUUUCUUCUAAUACAUGUAAACGUUUUUUGCCAGGAAAUAAGUAAAUGAAGAUAAAAUGUCCUUGUCUGUUAUUUGCUAAACAUGCUUAUGCUUCAUGCCAAAUAAGUACAAAAGAACACACAAAAGGAAGAUAAUAUCAAUACAAAGUAAAUGCUUACUAACAUUGCUUUAAUAACUUAUCAUAUGAAUUUUCACAAUUUUGUUUCAAAGCAUUUUCAUCCAAAUAUUCACUUUCUAGUAGCUGUUCAGAUGAUCUCUGAUUUUUUAAAUGCAGAAACAAGUUCUAAAAUUCAGGUUUGAGUCAGUAAAGUAACCUGUCUUAGUUGGAGCUGCUUGGAGGUCCAGAAAACAAAUCUAACAAAUCAAACUCAGUAAAGUUCCAGUCUGUUGAAGUCUCUGUGGGUCUUCUUGGGCCUGACGCAGAACCAUAAAUCAGCUCUGUUUUGUCUUCAGGCAAAGUGUCAACUUUCAUAACUGUGACGAUAUCAUCUGUUUUUGAUACUUUAGGAAGGGAUUGGUGUUUUUGGUUACUAUGAAACGUUUUAUUUAUUGUCUUUUCUCUUUUUGUCUUUUCUGAUUCCACAGCAACAACAGGUACGUAAUUAUUUCCCCCAAUUUUCAAAUAAAUGCAUUUCAUGAAGAACUUUGUUGUUGUUGUUUUUAACAAAUGAGGUUAUAAAGAAUGCAUUUAAAAAUGACACUAAUAAAUAUGCUUACUUGG